AUGUCCCAGUAUCCCACCUACAUCAUCGACGCCUUCACCAGCACUCCAUUCCGUGGAAACCCAGCUGGAGUUGUGCUCCUCCCGCCUGAUCAGCAGCUGCCUGAUGCCCAGCUGCAGAAGAUCGCCGGCGAGCUGAACCAGACCGAAACUGCCUUUGUCACGCCCACCAAUGCUUUUGGACCGGACGCCUUCCGCACGGCCUCGCAGUUCGGUCUGCGCUGGUUCACACCGACACAGGAAAUCAAGCUGUGUGGCCAUGCUACACUUGCAACUGCUCAUGUGCUGUUCACUUUCUUCGAAAAUGUCUCGAGUGUCCUGCGCUUCAACUCACUCAGCGUCACUGAAGAUGUGCGCACUCUUGCUGCCAGUGUAUAUGGUGAGUAUUUGCCAGAUACCGAAGUCCUAUAUGCCCCGUCCCUGCGGUUCCUGCUGCUGCACAACCCGACGCUGGCGCUGGACACUGUCGACAAACUCACGCCAAACAUCACGGGUGAUGCCUACGCUGCUGGCAAGCGCCUGAACAUCACUGGUCUGGUGGUCACCUCGCGCGCGAGUGACAAGGACUUCAAGAGCCGGCUGUUUGGCCCAUGGAUCGGUAUCCCUGAGGAUCCGGUUACAGGCGCAACCCACACUAUCUUGGCACCGUAUUGGGCCGAGCGCUUGGCCAAAAAGGUGUUUUCGGCAGCCCAGGUGUCGAAGCGUCGCGGGGACCUCGAGGUGGAAAUUGUGAGCGAUACUCAUGUUCAAAUUAGCGGCAAGGCGGUUGCCGUGCUCCAAGGUGUCAUCUCAGUUUAA